AUGGAGAUCUGGAACUCCACCUUGGAAAGUGGCUUCAUCCUGGUGGGGAUUCUGGAUGGCAGUGGCUCUCCUGAACUGCUCUGUGCCAUACUCACAGCCCUGUACAUGCUGGCACUGACCAGCAAUGGACUGCUACUCCUUGUCAUCACAGUGGAUGCCCAGCUGCAUGUACCCAUGUACCUCCUUCUGAGGCAGCUGUCUCUCAUUGACCUUCUCUUCACAUCAGUUGUCACCCCCAAGGCUGUCAUGGAUUUUCUUUUAAGAGACAAUACUAUAUCCUUUGGUGGAUGUGCCCUUCAGAUGGCUUUAGCAUUGAUGCUAGGCAGUGCAGAGGACCUCCUUCUGGCCUUCAUGGCCUAUGACAGGUAUGUGGCCAUUUGUCAUCCUCUGAAUUACAUGAUCUUCAUGAGUCCUACAGUAUGCUGCCUCAUAGUGUCCACAUCAUGGAUCCUGGCAUAUCUGACUGCAGUAGGUCAUACUGUGUACACAAUGCACUUCCCUUUCUGUAUGUCCCAGGAAAUUAGACACCUGCUCUGUGAGAUCCUGCCUUUGCUGAAGCUGUCUUGUGUAGAUACCUCCCAAUAUGAGCUCAUGGUUUAUGUGACAGGCGUGACAUUCCUCUUACUCCCCCUCUCUGCCAUUGUUACAUCCUACACACUAAUUCUGUCCACUGUGCUGCACAUGCCUUCAAAUGAAGGGAAAAAGAAAGCCCUUGUCACCUGUCUUUCCCACUUGAUGGUGGUUGGAAUGUUCUAUGGAGCUGCCACCUUCAUGUAUGUCCUCCCCAGUUCAUUGCACAGUGCCAAACAAGACAAUAUCAUCUCCGUGUUUUACACAAUUGUCACCCCAGCUCUGAACCCCCUUAUCUAUAGCCUGCGGAAUAAGGAAGUUAUUGGAGCUUUGAGAAGGGUCCUGGGCAGAUACAUCUUCCCAGCACAUCCCACUCUUUAA